AUGAAUUACAACGUUAUGAUGAUAUAUCCAGCGCACAAUAGGUAUCCAGUAGAUGAGCUUCCUUCUUCCAGAUCCCUGUGUCACAACUCCCUUGAUCCGUUUUCACCCUUAUCUGCUCUGUCGUCUCCUAGAUCAGUCACCCCCACCACCCCCAAGUCUCCCCCACCCCGGGGUGUGUCACUUCCUCCUCUGCAGCCUCCCAGAUCAGUACACAAAGGCUGCUGCUACUGCCGGAGGAAGGGCUGCUCCGCACGCAAGCACGCACCUACCAUGGUGGCUUUGUCAAUGGUCCUUGUUUUCCUGCUGGCCCUGAGCAGAGGUGAAAGUGAGUUGGACGCCAAGAGCUCAUCCCCACAGGAGGCCACAGAGUGGAGGGAUCCCAAUCUGUCCCGGCCAGGGUCCUGCCAGCCAGCUCCCUCCUGCCAAAAGUGCAUCCUCUCACACCCGAGCUGUGCCUGGUGCAAGCAACUGAACUUCACGGCGUCCGGGGAGGCGGAGGCACGGCGCUGUGCUCGUCGAGAAGAGCUGCUGGCCCGGGGCUGCCUCCCGGGGGAGCUGGAGGAGCCCCGCGGCCGGCAGGAGAUGCUGCAGGACGACCCGCUCAGCCAGGGCACCCGCGGCGAGGGGGCCACCCAGCUGGCGCCGCAGCGGGUCCGGGUCACGCUGCGGCCGGGAGAGCCCCAGCAGCUCCGGGUCCGCUUCCUUCGAGCGGAGGGAUACCCCGUGGACCUGUACUACCUUAUGGACCUGAGCUACUCCAUGAAGGACGACCUGGAGCGCGUGCGACAGCUCGGGCACGCGCUGCUGGUGCGGUUGCAGGAGGUCACUGACUCCGUGCGCAUCGGCUUUGGCUCCUUCGUGGACAAAACGGUGCUGCCCUUCGUGAGCACAGUGCCCUCCAAGCUUCGCCACCCCUGCCCCUCCCGGCUGGAGAGCUGCCAGUCACCCUUCAGUUUUCACCAUGUGCUGUCCCUCACUGGGGAUGCAAAGGCCUUCGAGCGGGAGGUGGGACGCCAGAACGUGUCCGGCAACCUGGACUCGCCCGAAGGUGGCUUUGAUGCCAUUCUGCAGGCUGCCCUCUGCCAGAAGCAGAUUGGCUGGAGAAAUGUGUCCCGUCUGCUGGUGUUCACGUCAGAUGACACAUUCCACACAGCUGGGGAUGGCAAGCUGGGCGGCAUCUUCAUGCCCAGCGACGGGCACUGCCACUUGGACAGCAAUGGCCUCUACAGCCGCAGCCCAGAGUUUGACUACCCCUCCGUGGGUCAAGUAGCCCAGGCCCUCUCUGCGGCAAACAUUCAGCCCAUCUUUGCUGUCACCAGCGCCACACUGCCUGUCUACCGGGAGCUGAGUAAGCUGAUUCCCAAGUCUGCAGUAGGGGAGCUGAGUGAGGACUCCAGCAAUGUGGUGCAGCUCAUCAUGGAUGCUUAUAAUAGCCUGUCAUCCACUGUGACCCUCGAACACGACUCUCUUCUCCCUCCGGGGGUCCGCAUCUCUUAUGAAUCUCAGUGUGGGGAUUCUGAGAAGAGACAGGGUGAAGCUGCUGACUGGGGCCAGUGCAACCACGUCCGAAUCAACCAGACGGUGAAUUUUUGGGUUACUUUCCAAGCUACCCGCUGCCUCCCAGAGCCUCAUCUGCUGAGGUUCCGAGCCCGUGGCUUCUCUGAGGAGCUGACUGUGGAGCUGCACACACUGUGUGACUGUAACUGCAGUGACGCCCAGCUCCAGGCUCCUCACUGCAGUGAUGGCCAGGGGCACCUCCAGUGUGGGGUGUGCAGCUGUGUCCCCGGCCGCCUGGGUCGACUCUGUGAGUGUUCGGAGGCUGAGCUAUCCUCCCCAGAUCUGGAGUCUGGGUGCCGGGCCCCCAAUGGCACAGGACCCCUGUGCAGCGGGAGGGGACAGUGCCAGUGUGGACGCUGCACCUGCAGCGGGCAGAGCUCUGGACGUCUGUGCGAGUGUGACGAUGCCAGCUGUGAGCGACACGAGGGCAUCCUCUGCGGAGGCUUUGGCCGUUGCCAAUGUGGAGUGUGCCACUGUCACGCCAACCGCACGGGCAGAGCAUGUGAAUGCAGCGGCGACAUGGACAAGUGUGUCAGUCCUGACGGAGGGCUCUGCAGUGGGCACGGACACUGCAAUUGCAACCGCUGCCAGUGCAACGACGGCUACUAUGGUGCCCUCUGUGAUCAGUGCUCAGGCUGCAAGACACCAUGCGAGACACACAGGGACUGUGCAGAGUGCAAAGCCUUUGGGACUGGUCCCCUGGCCAUGAACUGCAGCACAGCGUGUGCCCACGCCAACAUGACUCUGGUAUUGACCCCUACCCUGGAUGACAGCUGGUGUAAAGAGAGGACCCAGGACAACCAGCUCUUCUUCUUUCUGGCAGAGGAUGUAGCUGGAGGCAGAGUUGUGCUCACAGUGAGACCUCCAGAGGACGGAGCAGACCACACCCAAAUCAUUGUGCUGGGCUGCGUGGGGGGCAUCGUGGCGGUGGGACUGGGACUGGUGCUCGCUUACCGGCUCUCGGUGGAGAUCUACGACCGCCGAGAAUUCCACCGUUUUGAAAAGGAGCGGCAGCAUCUCAACUGGAAGCAGGACCACAAUCCUCUCUACCAAAGCGCCAUCACGACCACUGUCAACCCCCGCUUUCAAGAGGCAGACAGCCCCCUUCUCUGAAGUGGGGAGAGAAAAUCACUGCAGGGCUCUUCUCUGGGACAGAAGGAGUUGAGGCGUGGGGUGGAUCAGGCUACAGCUUGGCAGGGGCAU